GAGCAUGGCUGGAGUGGCGCCGCCGGGGGGUGCGCCAAUGGCGCGGGUGAUCUCGUGCAUGUCAGCUCGGGAGAUAGCGUCGGCCGCUGGAGCCUCCUGUCUUCCAACGUUGGCGAGGUCAAGCUGAGCCGCGCGAAGCCCGAGGAGCGCGAGCAGUUCAAGGCUUUUGACGAGGCCGAGUGGGCAGUGCUGAAUCGACCUGGAGCACUGCGCGUGCUGUCGCUGGCCGAGCCCCAGCACGCGGCCAAGACCAAGCCCGACAGGGCCCCGUCGUCGAGGAUGGCGCGCCGCUGGAAGGGCCAGGGGGGCGCCUUUAGCGCCGAGAGAGCCAGGAGCCGCUGGCGCGCGCGCGGCCUCCAUGACCCAGACACCGAGAAGCUGAUCGCCUACCCGCCGUCUCCGCAGCCGGAAUCCGCGCCGAUUUUUGCCGCGGCCUUACACUGCAUUGCGACGUGGAGCAGGCCGCGCAAUCGAGCUCAAGGUGGCGGCGCGCGGGCUGGGCGACGCGCCCUGGGGGUGGCGCGUCACUCCCGCGCCUUUCUUCUCGACCUGGGCUUCCGCGAUCUGCUGCUCGAGCCUUGCUACUGGUCGAAGCGCGAGGAAGGGCAGUUGGUGGCUCAGGUGCUGAUCGAGGUCGACGACCUGUUGCUCGACUCCCUCGGCAGUCACGAGAAGUGGUUGCAUGGGAGUCUCCAGGGGCGCUUCGCCUUCGGCAAAUGGGGCGGGAACGAG